AUAUUCCCUUCCCUCUUCUUUUCUCUGCUUAAUUCCUCCUCCCCAAAAUCCUCCAUCCAUAUCCACUCAAUAACAUAUAUGGGCAGAUCUCCUUGUUGUGAAAAAGAACACACCAACAAAGGUGCAUGGACCAAAGAGGAAGAUGAACGCCUCGUAAAUUACAUAAAAGUUCAAGGUGAAGGUUGCUGGAGAUCUCUACCCAAAGCUGCCGGUCUGCUUCGAUGUGGGAAGAGUUGCAGACUGAGAUGGAUAAAUUACUUAAGGCCUGAUCUCAAGAGAGGAAACUUCACUGAAGAGGAAGAUGACCUCAUCAUCAAUCUUCACAGCUUACUCGGAAACAAAUGGUCUUUGAUUGCUGCACGUUUACCAGGAAGAACUGACAAUGAGAUUAAAAACUAUUGGAACACUCACAUCAAGAGGAAGCUCUACAGCCGUGGAAUUGACCCGCAGACUCACCGGCCACUCAAUUCCACGGUCGCUGCAACCACCGCCACUGCCACCGCAGCAGGAAGCACUAACAAGAGAAGUACCCCUAAUAACAGCCUUAGCAACAGUAUCACCAGCAACUACAAAAGCAACAGUACUAAUUUUCAGUUUGACAUGCAAAAUUCAUUAACGCCACCGUUGAAGCCGGAGUUCCCGACCACCAUACAUUUCAGUACCCCUAUCUACAAUGAAAGGAUUGGACCUGAAUUUGCGGAGGAUUCAAACAGUAGCAGUGGUGUCACGACAGAAGAAGUGUUCCCUCAGGUCAUUAAUCUUGAACUUUCCAUCGGACUUCCAUGUCAUCAGGUGGCGCCUCAAGUUUCUCCCGGCAAAAAGCACAAGGCCAGCCAGAAGUUUCUGUUAUUUCGAGCGACCAGCACACCUCCUGUUACUCCGGCGGUUCCCCUGUGCUUGUGUUGCAAUAUAGGGUUUCAAAAAAGCCAGGGAUGAACUAGGUGCGGUAGUGCCACGUCGGUCACAGCUGACAGUGUCUAUGGUUAUUACUCGAAGAUUUAGAAAUACUUUCAAUGAAAAAUCUAUGAUGAAUGUUGAAGCCUUGAAGGAACUGAGCCAAAUAGACAUGAUAGACAGCUUUAUAAGCAUAUGUCUCAAGUCCCAAACUUAGAAAUUCCAGAAAAAAUUGUCCUAUAGUUUUUUCCUUAAAUAAUAAAAAUAGAUAUAGUUU